AUGCGUUUCAUUGCUGUCCUACUCGUCAGCUUCAGCUUUUUGAUGAGUGCCAAUGCUCUUCCGCUUGCAGGAGAUAAUGGCACGGAAGUUGAAGCUAGUGCUACUUAUCGCAGUGUGGCAUAUUUUGUGAACUGGGCUAUCUAUGGAAGAAACUUCUUCCCCCAGAAUCUUCCAAUAGAUAGAUUAACGCACGUAUUGUACGCCUUUGCGAAUGUUCAGUCAACCGGAAAGGUCGUCCUUUCUGAUACUUGGGCGGAUACCGAUAAACACUUUGAUAGAGAUUCCUGGAAUGAUCCAGGAAACAACGUUUACGGAUGCGUGAAGCAGCUGUACUUGCUAAAGAAGCAGAAUAGAAACCUUAAGGUCUUGUUGUCAGUUGGAGGUUGGACUUACUCUCCAAACUUUGCGGCGCCACUCAGCACUGCCGCUGGAAGACAAGAGUUCGCCUCAUCAGCCACAACACUUGUUCAGAACUUGGGAUUUGAUGGUAUUGAUAUUGACUGGGAAUAUCCCACCGAUAGCACUCAGGCUGCCAACAUGGUGGCCACACUUCAAGCUCUGCGUCAGUCUUUGGAUACUUACAGUGCGGCUAAUGCAAGUGGUCAUCAUUUCUUGAUCACAGUCGCCUCUCCAGCUGGACCUUCAAACUACCAAAACCUCGACCUCUCAGGCAUGGAUCAAUAUCUCGAUUUCUGGAAUCUCAUGGCCUAUGAUUAUUCUGGAAGUUGGGACACUAUUGCCGGACAUGAUGCAAAUGUCUACGCAUCCACAAGCAACCCGGCAAGCACCCCAUUCAACACUGACCAGGCCAUCACUUACUACACAUCAAAUGGUGUAGCGGCAAAUAAGAUUGUUAUGGGAAUGCCACUUUACGGACGAUCGUUUAUGAACACGAGUGGCCCUGGAACCAGUUACAAUGGUGUGGGUAGUGGCAGCUGGGAAAAUGGGGUCUGGGAUUACAAAGCCCUACCCCAAGCCGGUGCUUCUGUCAGCUAUCUGGACCAACCUGUUGCCAGCUACAGCUACGAUUCUUCCCAACAGAUGAUGAUCAGUUAUGAUACUCCACAGGUUGCGCAGAAGAAAGCACAGUACAUCAUGUCGAAGGGACUUGGCGGUGGAAUGUGGUGGGAGAGCAGCAGUGACAAGAAUGGAACGGACAGUUUAAUUACUACUGUUGUGAACACAUUUGGAGGUACUGGUGCUUUGCGGCAAUUCCAGAACCAGCUAUCCUACCCGGCUUCCGUAUACGAUAACAUGAAGAAUGGAAUGUCAGGGAGCUAA